CUUUGAAUCCAACUGGGACAGUCAGACGCGCGCGGCACUCCUUGCAUCGCCAUGUGGACCUCUCGCCCAGUGCGCAGCCGUGUGCCCAGUCGUCCGCUGAAGCGCAAGGCCGAGGAGACUUGGGAGCCCAGCCCCAAGCGAGGCCGGGAUCUGCAAGAGCGGCUUCAGGCAGCGCUGGAUGAGGAGAUGGAUGCCUUUGUGCAGCCAGUCCUGGACAAGGCAGCCAAGAGCCGCGAGCCUCCUGCCUUCAGUGCGCUGCAGGAGCUGGUGUCCCAAGUCCAGGGCCUCGCCGAUGUGAGGCGUUUCGUGGAUGAGCAGCUGGCGGUGGAUCUGGGUGCGCGCGUGCGCGGGUGCAAUGCCAUGGCCAAGAAUCGAUCGGCGAAGGCCGUUCCCGCGCCGGCGCCAAAGGCCAAGGCCAAGGCCGCGGCCAGGAGCCGGGCGCCGCCCACCGCGAAGCUGGCGAUGGCGCCCUUCCGGAGCGGAAGCCGGGUUCGCUGAGCCGCAAGCCGGGCGCUGGCUGUUCUGAGAGCUUGGAAUUGCGGGUGUCCCUUUGGUUUCCCUCUACCCCGCCAAAAACGGGUGGCUCUCAGUUUGGAGAAACUGC